GGGCAUAAGUGGUUAUACAGAUUGCGAAGAAGCAAUAAUUUUGUAUUUACAGUGAUAUGUGCUUCAUAUUAACAAAGUAAGCUAGAUCCGUUCUAAUUUCAGGUUUAAUUUAAGGGUCAGAGUUUUAAAAAAUAUUUAAUAAUGACUAUUACGAUAAAUAUUUGGGGGGGGGGAAUCAUAUCUUAAAGUUAUAUAAAAAUGUCUGUUCUCUAAUUGGGUGAAGGGGUAGAUUAGGGCAACCUUCUGGCUGGCCAAAUCAGACGUCUUCGCAGGCUACCUUUGGCCAGCCCUGGCCUAAAGCGUCUAAAGUGUUUAGUUAUUUACUCACUGAACCUGUUUUUUACUGAUCCAGAUAUAGAUCACUAAUGGAAACUGUUGAGACUUGUACAGGUGAAAUAAUUCACUGGUAAUACAUUGAUAAAAGCAUGCAAUAACUAGAAUUUCAACACCUCAAAAUUAAAGCUAUGAAAGCGUACUAGUGAAAACUUUGAUCUUGCAUGCUAAAUGUCCAUGCUACAUUUAUUUGUUGAAAUUUGAAUUUCUGAUAUCAAAAAUUUGGUUUAAAUGUAGGAAUUUUUUUCGGUUUAUAUUUUCUGUAAUAACUUGUAACAGUAAUAGAAUGUAAUAAAAUGUAACAGUAAUAGUUAUGAAUAGUUAAUAAAAGGCUAGAUUUGUGUUUUAGACAUCGUGACCCCUGGUUUCCAUCAUCACCACUGUAAAGAAAUCAGGUCUGUAAGUUUCCGUAAGUUACUCUACAAUGCACCAUUUUACCACCCAGCAUCAAACCACUCUGAAUGACUUUGUUUACAUUUCAAUGACUGAAUUAUCAAAUGUUGAUAAUGGUAAAAUAGUCAUAAAUCUGAUUCUUCGGGGAGUAUUUUGGCUUACAACACCCUGCAUGUACCCCUCUGCCAAAAAUACAUUAAAAUAAAUGGAUUAAAUUACAUUCUCAGCCAACACUUCAUCACAAAACUAUCUGUCAGACAUCAGGCAGCUUAUAUUAACCCAUUUUCAGUAAUGCUGGUCUGUAAGGGAGAUUUCAGAGGCAUUAAACUCCUCAGACGUUUGGUUCCUAUCGCCACCACUGUGAGCAAUUCUGACUCGGCACAUUCCUGUAGAGAAUUUCACGUCAAACCACUCUGAAUGGCUUUAUUUACAUUUCAACCAUUAAUUAUGCAGAAAUUUUGAAAAAUCGGUUGAGUUCCCCUUUAAAGUCUCCUCAGUUAUUUGAACUCACGUGAACUUAAUCGUUUAAACACCACGUAGUAAACACACGCCCCCCUCUUCCUCACAACUGCUCGGAAGUGUGUUAGGUCUCUGACCCUCGACUCCUCGUCCAUGAACAGUCGUGCAGGGGGUCGGCGGGGGGCUCUAUUGUAGUCGUGAACGGUCAGCGGACCCUCGCUGAGCGGAAGAAAAGGCGCUUCCUCGCGCUUUCCUUCGAGCAGUACAACGCCGUCACGUACGACACGCCUGCGAACGCACGUGUCCAGCGUCCGCUCACAUACCAGCGCUGGAAACCGACUCGGGAAGCGGGGAAUGGAUGUAUUUCGAGCAGCAGCAGGAGCUGUAGCAAAGCCACAGCAGGAGCGUGGGAGAGAGGAGGAGAGAGAGGAGGAGUGCGGGAGGAGCUGGAGCCGAGACCCAAUGAACACAACAUCCGCCGAUACCAUGGGUGAGGAGGGGCCUCCCAGUCUGGAGUAUAUCCAGGCCAAGGACCUGUUCCCACAGAAAGAGCUGGUCAAAGAGGAGGAGGGUCUGCAGGUGCCUUUCCCAGCUCUUCAAGGGGAGGGGGUGGAGUUUCUGGGCCGUGCUGAUGACGCCAUCAUUGCCAUCUCCAACUACAGACUCCACAUCAAGUUCAAAGACUCCAUCAUCAAUAUGUACCCAGGUGUGGACACUGAGAUUUCUGUGCCUCUGAGGCUGAUUGAAAGCGUGGAGGGCAGAGAUAUGUUCCAGCUGCACAUCAUCUGCAAGGACUCCAAAGUAGUAAGGUGUCACUUCUCCACGUUUAAGCAGUGUCAGGAGUGGCUGAAGAGGCUAAACCGGGCUAUAGCUCACCCCACCCGGCUGGAGGACCUGUUCGCUCUAGCAUAUCAUGCAUGGUGCCUGGGUGGCUGUGCUGACGACGAGGACCAGCACCUGCAUUUGUGUAGACCAGGUGAACAUGUUCGUCACAGGAUGGAGAUGGAGGUGAAGAGGAUGUGUUUUGAUAUGCAGAACGCCUGGAGAGUGUCCGACAUCAACAGCAACUACAAACUGUGUUCCAGUUAUCCUCAGAAGCUGCUGGUGCCAGUGUGGAUCACUGAUAAAGAACUGGAAAGCGUAGCCUCUUUUAGGUCUUGGAAAAGAAUCCCUGUAGUAGUGUACAGGCACCAGAGGAAUGGGGCAGUAAUAGCACGUUGCAGUCAGCCAGAGAUCAGCUGGUGGGGUUGGAGGAACACCGAGGAUGAAUAUUUGGUGACCUCCAUUGCUAAAGCCUGCCUGUUGGACCCGGGGUCCAGGGCCGCCUGCACACCCGCCUGCCGGCCACGUGGAGAUGGACCUGACUCAUCUGACAGCGACUUUGACUCGUCUCUGACAGGCGGUCCUGGUCCUGAUGCCAGCGCUGCACCACAGAAGCUGCUGAUUCUGGACGCGCGCUCUUACACUGCUGCAGUGGCCAACCGCGCCAAGGGUGGCGGCUGUGAGUGUGAAGAAUACUAUCCAAACUGUGAGGUUAUGUUCAUGGGCAUGGCCAACAUCCACUCCAUCAGGAACAGUUUCCAGUCUCUGAGAGCAGUUUGCAGUCAGAUUCCUGAUCCUGGCAACUGGCUGUCUGCACUGGAGAGCACUCGUUGGCUGCAGCACCUGUCUGUCAUGCUGAAAGCAGCCACUUUGGUGUCUUCUGCGGUGGAGAGGGAGGGGCGUCCAGUGCUGGUCCAUUGUUCUGAUGGGUGGGACCGCACCCCUCAGAUUGUGGCCCUUGCCAAGAUCCUGCUGGACCCCUACUACAGAACCAUUGAGGGUUUUCAGGUAUUAGUCGAGACAGAGUGGCUGGACUUCGGUCACAAGUUUGCAGACCGCUGUGGUCACGGGGAGAAUGCAGAGGACGUUAACGAGCAGUGUCCAGUCUUCCUGCAGUGGCUGGACUGCGUCCAUCAGCUCCUCAAGCAGUUCCCCUGCCUGUUUGAAUUCACUGAGGCCUUUCUGGUGAAGCUAGUGCAGCACACAUACUCAUGCCUGUACGGAACGUUCCUGUGCAAUAAUGCUCGCGAGCGAGAAGCUCGAAAUGUCUACAAGCGGACUUGCUCCGUCUGGUCCCUGCUCCGCAGUGGCAACAAGAACUUCCAGAAUUUUCUCUACAUCCCCUGCCAUGAUAUGGUUCUGCAGCCAGUGUGUCACACGCGAGCGCUGCAGUUGUGGACCGCUGUUUACCUGCCCACCUCAUCCCCUUGCACAGCAGCUGAAGACGCCAUGGAAAUCUACAUAAGCCCCUCCUCCCAGGGGGAGGAGCUCACCUCUCGCUCACUUGAUAGGCUUCCUAAGACACGAUCAAUGGACAAUUUGGUGUCCGCUUGUGAAAAUGGUGUGGCCCUGACUCGCACCUCCAGCGACCCAAACCUCAACAAGCACUGCCAGGAGGGACGGCCACCUCUGGAGCCGAUGUCUGGCCAGGGAGGCGGUUCAACAGACAGCCCGGAGGACACCUCUGACACCGGACUGGGCAGCGAGGACCAGGAGGUGGAGAUCUGCGAAGAGACCCCGCCCUCAGCAUCUCCUGAGCCUAGUGAGGAUGGCUGCAUGGACGUGAGGGUAGAGCCUUGUUUGACCACACAGCCUUUGCCGUCCUUGUCACACCCCGUAACGUUAGACCAGGCUCCUCCCACGCCACAAGUCCUGCCAAUUUUACACCAAGCCCUGCCUCAGACCACCAGUCCUCCCACCCCACCUUCACCACAGGAAGAGGAUGCCAGGGGUGCUAAUGCCCCUCCCUCAUUUGCUACUACAGCAGAUCUACUUAGUGCUCAACUAGGUAAUGGCACUGAGAUGCUAGAGCGCUCCAGCGAGCCACUUAGCUUCCCCUCACCUAGUGCUGUCGAGCUUUUGGCCAUCAAACAGCUCCCCUCUCUUGCCCCGCUGGAGGACUCUACAGAGACGCUGACGGAGCAGGGUCCCACCCAGCCCGAGCUGCAUCCUACACAGAAAGCCAGUACAGGCAAGGCCCAGGUUUCGGCCCAGGUACAAAUUGAUGAAAAAAGGACUCAGAAUGGUAAAAGCACUGAGCUCAUCCCAUUAAAGGCCACAGCGCCCCCUGCUGACUAUACACGAGCAGCACGGCGCCUGAUCUCGCAGAGCCAGCUGACAGACCUCUCUCUGCUGGGCUCGCAUUGGGACAGUAUGCAGGGCCUGGUCCAGUCAGCCUGCGGAGGGACCCUCCAGCAAAGUGGCUUUCAGGGCCGCCGCCUGGCUAACAAGCUCCUCCGUGUCCAGGGAGUGAGCUCCAGCAGCAGUCAGUGCUGUCCCCCUCGGUCUCCUGGCAGUCCUGUCCAGUCCGGCUGGAUCUCUGCUGUUAAAAACACCAGCUAUGCCGCACUCUAUGCUUCGUCGUCCUCAUCGUCAGCUCUGGGACCCUCCUUCCGUCAGAUCCUGCCGGCAGCUCACAUUUCGCCUUCUUUGGGUGGAUCACCAGGGCUGUUUCAGGCUCCCGCAUACCUGGACGACGAUGGUCUGCCCGUGGCGGUGGAUGCCGUCCAGCAGCGUCUGCGCCAAAUUGAGGCCAGCUAUAAACAAGAGGUGGAGGUGCUGCGGCGGCAGGUGAAGCAGCUGCAGAUGAAGCUGGAGAGCAAGCAGUACUGCUCGCCCCCGUCUGAACCUGACGUAGAUUACGAGGACGACAUUACUUGCCUGCGAGAAUCCGAUGACAGUGACAAAGAGGACUCUCUGUCUGACCACAGCGAGGACCGCCUCAGUGAGGGCAGCUGGGACCGCGUGGAGAGGAAGGAUACCGAGGUCAGCCUCCCUCAUAGCCUGCUGCAGGUUACCAGAUGGGUACCAGACCACAUGGCCUCACACUGCUUCAACUGUGACUGUGAGUUCUGGAUUGCCAAGAGACGCCAUCACUGCAGGAACUGUGGGAACGUGUUCUGUAAAGACUGCUGCCACUUGAAGCUGCCCAUUCCGGAUCAGCAGCUCUACGACCCGGUGCUGGUGUGUAACUCCUGCUACGACUUGCUGUUGGAGAGUCGCACACGUGAGCUCCGCUCGCAGCAGCUCAAGAAGCCCAUCGCGACGGCCUCCAGCUGAGCGUGCCAGUCACAUCCAGUCACACUGUGGGCUGCGUAGGUGCCCUUAGAGGUGCCUGAUGUUUUUGGCAGAGGUGCCCCUGCCCACACUGCUUUGUGAGGGAGAGGAUGAUGAGGACUCAUGGGGGUCAUUAUGAGCUGAUGCGCUGGGACGAAGGGGCAAAGACUGGACAGACAGGCGGACGAAGGGAGUCCAGAAGAGAGAGAAAGGUGUUGUGUGAGGUUUUUUAAUCUCGUGUAGGUGAACUGACAGAUCUCUCUGGUUGAGGAGAACUAUCGGCUACAGCCUGCCAGCGUCCUGCUGGCUAACGGCAUCAGUCCACCAGGGGGCGGCAUAGCUAAACUGAAAUGCCCCACAUUUGAGACUGAAAGGGCCUGUUUCAUCUCAAAAUCGGUUCACCUCACCAAACCUGUUACCCCGUUGAGACCUGUGCAUCAUGGUCACACAGAUUUAGCCCUUUGGAGCUUAUGUACACACAAAUAUACGAACACACACACCUCAACGGACAAUCUCUUGCCUGCCCUUGAAGCCGGUGACUCCGAAGCCUUGUACUCAUCCUACCUGAGGCUUACCGUUUAAAGAAAUAAAAAAAAAAAAAAAGAAAUCGCUGCUGCUACAGUAUUUAAAAGAAUUUAAUUUUGUAUCCUUACUUUUGUGCACUAUAAGCUGUUGUAAAUUUGGAGGGAAAUUGAGACCAAACCCAAGGAAAAGGGAGAGAAACCUGCGGUUUGUUUACUCGCUGUGGUCUGUUCUGGUGGGCUGUGCCUGUGCUAAGCUUGAAUGUAGUGUUUUUUUUUGUUUUUUUUUGUUUUGUUUGUUUUUUUUUAUAGUGUUUUGUAUGUUUGUGUGGGAGUUACUAAAAAGACAUGUUGCCAUUUGACACUGAUCUGAGGCCAGUUUAGUCUGUUCACUAAAAGUGAUUAAAAUUGAGGGCUUGGUUAGGAGGAGCUUGUCUUAGAUCAGCGCAAAAGCGUUUCUCUGUGAGUGACUGAGAGAGCAGUUAUCAUCACUAUACACAUGCAUCUGGUGGGUCGCGUGCUUGUCCCUUUCUGCUCUGUGUUUCGAAGACAAAAAAAAAAAGUUAUGCACCACAUUUUUCUGGACACUAAGUGAAACUGUAGCAAUGUUGUACUGUUCCUCCUAAUCAAGGAAUGACUAAAAUAUAAAGUAACAGAAAGUUGCAAGUUAAAACGAGAGCCAUUUCAUUGUUUGGACAUGGUUAAUGUUUUAUUUUGUGUUUGUCUCAUUUGAACAUUACGCAAUAGCAUUAUAUACUCAAAACCAUGAUUUUAUUAUUUUUUUUGUUUUGCUUUUAUUUCUUUGUUUUUCUAUCAGAAAUGGUUCCUUGACAUUGCUGUAUGUUUAUUGUUUAAUGAUGUUCCUUGAAAUAAUAGUGCCAUUUAUUUUUCUUUUUUUGUAUGAUUUAUUUUUUUGCCUUCUUUUCUCAUGGAAUACACCAUGUUACUUAUCAGUAACAAUCUAACACGUUCAGAGGUACAAAUAGUUAGCUAGCUAACGAGUAUUUUCUGAGGUUCCAGUCAGGUUCCGCAAUGUCUAAUGGCUUAGGUCUUUUUUUCAAAUGGCUGAUGAUGAUGAUGAUGAUGAUGAUGAAGGAACAUUUUUGAUUUAGAACGUUAAAAUAAUGAACCCAGAAAUGUAAUAUAUAGUUAUCUGUACUAGUGGCUAAAACUUGUCACUUAGUGAAUAAUUGUUGUAAAGAAAUGCACUGUCCAAGUCAAAUCCCAUGGGUUAAAUAAAAAGAUAUGUCUAUGAGA